AUGCGUGGUGGUGUCCCAAACCAGCGCCCAGUCGAACUCUCGAAGAAACUCAUUUUGAGCAAUCCCUUCAUGAUGCCUAUCACCAAGUACAAGGCUGCAGCUGUCACCUCGGAGCCAGGAUGGUUCGACCUCGAGGCUUGCGUCCAGAAGACUGUCAACUUCAUCAACGAAGCUGGCCAAGCUGGCUGCAAGCUUGUUGCCUUCCCUGAAGUCUGGAUCCCGGGCUACCCCUACUGGAUGUGGAAAGUCAACUACCUGCAGUCACUCCCGAUGCUGAAGAAGUACCGGGAGAACUCUCUUCCAGUUGAUUCUGAAGAAAUGCGCCGAAUUCGUCGUGCAGCCCGCGAUAAUCAGAUUUAUGUCUCGCUUGGCUUCUCCGAGAUCGACCACGCCACGUUGUACCUCGCCCAGACUCUUAUUGACCCGGAGGGCAACAUUAUCAACCACCGACGCAAGAUCAAGCCUACCCAUGUCGAGAAGCUCGUCUAUGGCGACGGGUCCGGCGACACUUUUCAGUCUGUUACACAGACAGAGCUUGGAAGAUUGGGCCAGCUCAACUGCUGGGAGAACAUGAACCCAUUCCUGAAGUCCCUCAACGUUGCCCAAGGCGAGCAGAUUCAUAUUGCUGCUUGGCCAGUCUAUCCCGGCGUCGAGCGUCAGGUUGCGCCUGACCCCGCGACGAACUAUGCAGACACCGCGUCCGACUUCGUCACGCCAGCGUAUGCAUACGAGACCGGUACCUGGACCCUGGCUCCAUUCCAGCGCCUCAGUGUCGAGGGACUCAAGAAGACCACCCCCGAGGGUGUCGAGCCCGAAACCGACCCCACUCCUUACAAUGGACACGCCCGCAUCUACCGCCCUGACGGUAGUCUGGUCGUGAAGCCAGAGAAGGACUUCGACGGGCUUCUCUUUGUGGACAUUGACCUAAACGAGACGCACCUGACCAAGGUCCUGGCCGACUUCGCCGGCCACUACAUGCGACCAGACCUCAUUCGACUACUAGUGGACACCCGCAGGAAGGAGCUCGUCACGGAGGCUGAUCCGGAUGGAGGCAUCGCUACGUACACCACGGCGCAUCGGUUGGGCCUUGACAAGCCGCUCGACCCCAAGCCAGAGAGGGAAGGCCAGGGCGUUGCUGGCAGGCGAGACCCCGCGUCCAAGACUUCGAAAGUACCAAAUGACCUGUGA